AUGGCGGCAGCAAUGUCAUCUUCGAGAGAUCUUCGAAGAUUCGUGGAGUUUGGGCGGAAGAUAAUCGCAGUCGGACGAAAUUACAGGGAACAUGCUGCGGAAUUGGGAAAUCCUGUUCCAAAAACUCCACUCAUCUUCCUGAAGCCGCCAUCCAGCUACCUACAACAAGGAGGAAAAAUCAAGCUUCCUCCAGGUUGUGACGAGCUCCACCACGAAGUAGAACUCGGUGUUGUAAUUAGUAAGACAGGCGUGUCUAUUGCGGAAUCCAAUGCAAUGGAUUACGUUGGGGGAUAUGCUCUUGCUCUUGAUAUGACUGCAAGAGAUCUUCAAAAUAAAGCUAAGAAGCUGGGUCAACCAUGGACACUUGCUAAAGGUUUUGAUACUGCAUUGCCAGUCAGUAGAUUCAUCUCCAAGACAGAGAUUCCGCAACCUGAUAAUGUCCAUCUUUGGCUGAAAGUUGAUGGUGAACUAAAACAAGAUGGAAACACUCAGGAUAUGAUCUUCACAAUUCCUUAUUUGAUCUGCUAUAUCAGUCAGAGUAUGACUUUAGAGGAAGGAGAUUUCAUUUUGACUGGGACUCCAGAGGGUGUCUCAGAAGUCAAACCUGGACAAACAAUAGCUUGUGGUCUUGGGGAUAAAAUAGACAUGACAUUUCCUGUAGAAACAUGAGAGGGUUAAUCCUUUACACCCUAACAUCAGUAUGCAUAUUCUCCAUACUGUUCUUCAUAUGUUUCCCAAAGUGUGGACAAUGAGAAUUUCUAAAACAAUCAAGAUUUUCUUCAGCAUGUGAUCAUUUCCUUUAUUCUCAUGACCUUAAUGCGUGAUUGAGGGGUGAUAUUGUAAGGAGAAAUAAGAUGGUAAUCACUCUAAAGGGUCAAAAGGUUAAAGUACAAUACCAACAAUGAACAUCUGUCCUUGGAUUACCUUAAUUAAAAAUUUUUACAAGAAUCUUUUUUAUAGUUAUGUCAAUUAGCUCUUUACCUCAAUCACACCUUCAUAAUUUACUAAAAGUUUAAGGUAGUAUCAAUGGCCACUUAUUAUAGAGAGAAAAAGAUAAUGUUUUCUGCUAGUAUUGAAAGGUUCUGAUUUUAACCCCAUUUUUCAUUUAAAUCAAAGACAAACUCAGGUGUUCUUUAUUCAUAUAUUUUUUUGUAUGCCCAUAAGUAACCCAAAUGUGGAGUGCUUUUCAAUCAAAGAAUGAAACAUGGCCCUUAAGUUUUUAUUCAACCUUUAUUUCAAAUUUCUACAACUUUUUUUGGUCAAGGAAAAGUAUAGAAUGAUGGUCUUGACUUAAUAAUUGUAAUGCUUGCCAAUUAAAAAUAUUUGAAUCCUAUUGGUUAAUAGAUACAAAAUUAUACAACUUUGCAGUGUGAUGUUAAAUUAAUGCAAAGGGCUUGAUCUCUGCUUGCUGAAACUAUAUUCUUUUAACUAAAACAGACAAACCAAAUUA